GAAAAAAUAUAUAUCCCUUUUUCGAACCCCUCCUACGAUACACUGCAUCGCCUCACGGCUUCUUUGUUUCUUUCUCUUUCUUUUACACACAUCAGCACAACAUCGUAAUGUCUUCCAUUAAGUGGUCCGCCCCGCUGGUCAUGAACCAGCUCGUGGCCCUUGCAGAUCUACCCGCCGAAAUACAGAAGGCGGCGCAGGCGGCCGUGACGGCGCAUAAAAGGGCCUACGCGCCGUACUCGAACUUUCACGUCGGUGCGGCGCUCCUGCACGACGAGGGCAGCGUGACGGCGGGCUGCAACUACGAGAACUGCACCCUGCAGGCGUGCUGUGCGGAGCGCUGCGCCAUCGUGCGCGCCAACGUGGAGGGCCGUCGGUGUGCCAACGCCGUGGCGGUGUACGGCCGCGGCUACGCGGAGGCGGCGCUGGCAAGUCCGCCGCCGUCCGAUGCGGUGUGCCCGCCGUGCGGGCUGUGCCGUCAGCUGCUGGCCGAGGUGGCCGACCUCUCCAAGAACUUCGACGAGUUCGUUGUAAUUAUGGUCUCCUUUGAUACCACGCACGCGAAGCUGGUGCGACUGGCUGACUAUCUCCCGGGGAAGUUUGGACCGUCCGACAUCGGUAUGGAUGUCGCCAAGCUGUCGAAGAGUGCACAGUAA